GGCUACACCCGCCAGUCCUUGACCGACUCUGUUGCCAUGUCCUUUACAAGGUCAUGAAAUACUCAUCAUAUCCGUACUGUUUCGACUUCAAGGUCGGCACCUCAUAUCCCAGAAUAGCAGUGGAAUGCAUAGAUAUCUACUCGCAAUCCCCAGACCCCACGCGCACUCCACGCGGUGGGCAUUUAUUUUCGUACUCUAUAACGUACAUCCCGGAUUUUUAGCACCAUGGCCUACGAAUACGCCUUUGUCCACUUAAAGUUCACGAUACCCCUAGCGCUGGCGCUCAGCCUUGCAAUCUAUCUAGUCACAACUCGGGCUCACAUAUUCCAAAUCGCUUCUCUCGUUGUAAUCGCCUUCUCUGCGACUCUCCCAUGGGACGCCUAUCUGAUCCGUCAUGGCGUUUGGACCUACCCCGAAGAAGCCAUCAUCGGCCCGCGAGCAUGGGGGAUACCUAUCGAGGAGCUAUUCUUCUUCGUCAUCCAGACAUAUAUCACCUCCUGCAUCUACAUCCUCGCCAACAAGCCACUUAUUCACGCUCUCUAUCUCGGAACUCAGAGAAACCCGCCAAGCUGGAUGAAGAGGGCUAAGCUCGGUGGGCAGGUGACGCUCAUGGCACUAGCACUGCUUGGGGCAUGUCUGAUAAAGCUCGAGGGGAGGGGAACGUACCUCGGACUGAUUCUCGCCUGGGCUUCUCCUUUUACAUUCAUAACUUGGACAGUUGCGGGACGCUUUAUCCUUAGCCUACCCUGGACCUCCACCGCUCUUCCCAUCGUGCUUCCCACCGUCUAUCUCUGGCUCGUCGAUGAGCUUGCCUUGGGAAGAGGAACCUGGUCCAUCGAAUCCGGAACGAAACUGGGGCUUUGUCUGUUUGGAGUCCUGGAGAUGGAAGAGGCUGUCUUCUUCUUGGCAACGAAUAUGCUCAUCGUCUUCGGCCUGGCCGUGUUUGAUCAGUAUCUGGCCAUAAUAUUUGCCUUCCCGCACAUCUUUCCCACUGUCACUCGCUCUCCAACGCCCCUCAUGCUUGUUGAGAGUCGCUUGCUCGAUUCAUCAAAGUUCGACCUGGAAAGGCUGCAAGGGAUUGCGGAUGCAGUCCACAGGCUUAAGCGAAAGAGCAGGAGCUUCUACCUCGCCAACGCCCUCUUCUCGGGUCGUCUUCGAAUUGACUUGAUUCUCUUAUACUCGUUCUGUCGCGUUGCGGAUGACCUUGUCGAUAACGCAGUGUCCAGAUCCGAGGUUUUGUCCUGGACAUCAAAGUUGAAGUGCUUCCUCGAUCUACGAUUUAAAGAGAACGAGAGUCUGGGCCAUCCACCAAGAACACUAACCCGAGACGGCCCGCGAUCAGAAGUCGACUCAUUUGUUGACGAAGCUUUCCUAGAUUUUGCGCGAUCGCCACUCUACUUGCUUCCGGCUAAUGUUCUCCCUCCCGAGCCCCUAUACUCCCUCAUUGAAGGAUUCGAAACGGAUUCUCUGUUUUCCAGUACCUCGGAGGAAGAGACAAUAUUUCCCAUUGCCGACGAGCAAGAUCUAGCGAAAUACGCGCACCGAGUGGCGGGCACCGUGGGCGAACUUUGUGUGGCCUUAAUACUUCACCAUUGCGAGCCGGAAAUGGACCAAGACCGCCAAAUGCGGCUUAGGUCUGCCGCGUGCCAGAUGGGAGUCGCGCUGCAAUACGUGAAUAUUGCCAGGGACAUUGUGGUCGAUGCUCGCAUGGGUCGAGUCUACCUUCCGACCACAUGGCUCAAAGAGGCCGGCUUAACUCCCAAGGCCAUGAUAGAGCAUCCGCAUGGGCCUGUCGUCGCAGGGUUAAGGCGAAUUUUGCUCGACAGGGCCUUUCUGCUCUACAGGGGCGCCCGCGAGACCAUGGACCUGCUGCCUUCCGAGGCAAGGGGCCCUAUGGUCGCCGCCGUUGAGAUGUACAUGGAGAUUGGCCGGGUGUUGUCGGAGACUGACGACUUUAAUCUGAGGGAGGGCAAGGCAACUGUGCCGACGACCCGAAGAGUGAGGACGGCGCUAAAUGCAUUGUUCAAGGGGUAAUGGAGAAAACGCUGGUUGGAUAUAGACAAGUAGGUGUAAAUAUGGCACCUAUGCAGUGAACUCUUAUCUUCAAUUUGGCCUUGUUGAAUAAGCAUGAAAUAUUUAGUUUGUGUUCCAAAUUUUGUGCAGCAGUCUUUUACAUGAGUAGUAUGUGUGUUAAUACGUGUCCGGCACGCCAAGGGGGUCGAGACUCGACUUUUGAACAUAAAAAAGGGGCAGUACUAAGACUUUUGAACGUUUCUGGGAUAGAGCGGUCGUUGAUCAGGGACUGUUGGAGGUUGAAGACAAUGUAGGCGGGUUUUGCAAAAAAGAAAAAGAAACCGCCAA